AUGUUUGUCCAAAUACCCGUUCUUUCAACACUUCUUCUGGCAUUAUCUGCCUAUGCCAGCCCAUUGAACCCAGAGGAAGGAGCUGUAUUCUCCCGGGAUUCAGCAGCAUCAUCAUGGGGCAAGUUUAAGAACUUGGUUGUCUUUGGUGACAGCUACACGGACGAAGGCCGAUUAGGUUACUUCUCCAGUCACAAUGGAUCAGCACCACCUGUAGGAUAUGUUCAGCAGGAUAGUGCCUCCACUGCUUCCGGCGGCCGAAGCUGGGCUCGUUUCGUUGCACAAUACACAGGUGUAACUCUCUACAACUACGCCGUUUCUGGCGCCGUCUGUUCAAACUCGCUCACUCCACGUUAUCUAAGUUCUAUCAACGGUCUAUUCCCAGACAUCCUUGGAUACGAGGUGCCAGCAUUCUUCGCAGACUUCCCAAAAGAAUCUCGGAAGCUUUCAAAUGAUGAAACACUCUAUGCCAUCUGGAUCGGAACCAAUGACCUCGGCGGCGACAACAUCAUCACCGGCCUACCGAAUGUAGGACUGACCAACUACACGAGCUGUGUCUUUGAAACAAUGUCCAAGCUCUAUAACUAUGGAGCAAGAAACUUUGUUUUGCUAAGCUUGGCACCAAUUGAGCACGCACCACUUUAUGCGCCUUUGAGCGAAGGCGGCAGUGAGGGACCCCAUAGAUUCUGGAGAGGGAGAAGUGGAAACGCGACUGUCAUUAGCACUAGGAUGAGAGAUCUGGUGCAAGGUGGAAACGAAAUCUUCAAAUACAGAAUUCCAGUGGAGAUUCACGGCGGAGCCCUGAAAGGUGCUAAAGUAGCCAUGAUGGAUACCUAUGGACUGUUGACUGACAUCCGCAUUAACCCUGCAAACUACCUGAAUGGAUCUCUCCCAUUGAACGUAACCGGUUUCAACCUUCAUUGCGUCCUUGAUGGACCAUGCACCACAUACCGUCCCAAUGACCGUGAUUCCUUCUUCUGGUACGACGAAUUGCAUCCAUCAGAACAAGUUGGUCGCAUCGUUGCAAGGGAAUUUUCGAAAUUCGUUCAAAAGAAGUUCACAGAGUGGAUGACAGUUUGGUAA